AGUCGUGAGAGCAUGUACCUGCAGUAUUCGACGCAUCACUGACGCAGAUAUGCUACACCAGGACAGGAAGCUGCUUGCCAGUGAUCUCACUACCGCCAACCAAGCUAUACCACCCUUCUGUCCACCUUGAUGGCGUCUCUCUUGACUCUUACGGGCUCUCGUUGGCAGUCACGAUGUUUCCUCUUCUUGCCACCUUGACGGCGGUGGUGCCAGUAAUCCUUGCGCAAGGCUUCCUCGACCCGCACUAUGUGCCCUGGUACAGUUUGCCCGGUAGCAUCUAUGCACCCUCGUUCAACUGGGCCAACGCGAACUGGCCGGUUCAGAGCGUCGGCGGUCCUCUGGUACCGCAGAGGCCGGAUCAGGAGUUGAUUAAUAUGCUCAACGAGAUCAGUAUACCUCGCAUCAAUAAUAUUGUCACAACUCUGACUAACUUCGGCACCCGUCACACUCUGUCGCUUCAGAACUCAUCCACCAGAGGCAUCGGCGCGGCUCGUGAUUGGAUCUACAAUGAAAUGCUGCAGCUGGCGCAACCCAGCAAUGGCAGUAUGUCGGUCUACUUCAACUCUUACAUCCAGCCAGUUGGCACGCGUAUCUCGUUUCCGGUCAACAUCACCAACGUCGUAGCCCAAAUCAAUGGCACGGAGGCUCCAAAUCGCGUACUGGUCGUCACAGGCCACUAUGACAGCCGACGAGUUGAUAUCAUGGACUACACAAAUGACGCUCCCGGUUCCGACGAUGACGCUACGGGCGUUGCUGUGCUGAUGGAGAUGGCUCGAAUUUGCGCAACGAAGAAGCCGAAGGCGACCAUGAUCUUUGCGGCUACUGCUGGAGAAGAGCAGAACCUGUAUGGUUCUGCGCACUUGGCGCAGACGCUGAAGCAGGCUGGCUAUACCGAUGUCAUGAACUGGAAUAACGACAUUAUCGGCACCGGCCAGAAUGCCCCCUUUGAAGCGGCCAACAACUACACCAUCCGUUUGUUUGGUGCGAGCAUCUACUACCCGAACGCUUCGACAGCAGCGUUAGGCCAAGAAAUCGGCAUUAUCGGCGGAUGGAAUGACAGCCCGGCGCAGAACCUGGGUCGUUACAUUGCCGAAGUUGCGGCCGGCGCGGCACAAUGGAUUGGUAUGCAAGUCGCCUUGAUUUAUCGCUCGGAUCGCUACUUGAGAGGUGGUGAUCACGAGAGCUUUCUAGCUCAGGGCUACCCGGCGGUGCGUUUCACUGAAGCAGUCGAAGACUUCAGACAUCAGCAUCAAGACCCUCGUGUACAGAACGGCACGCAGUAUGGCGAUCUGCUGGAGUUCGUGGAUAUGGACUACACUUCCCGCGUGGCUAAAGUCAAUCUUGCGUCAAUGUGGGCAGCGGCAAAUGCCCCGGCGAUGCCGGUGAACGUGUCGAUAUCGGAGAUCGUUGGGUUCCCGGCCGCUGCGGAAGAUACGCCGUUGGAGGAUGUCAGUAACGAUUCGCAGUUGGCAUGGGUGACUGGCAACGAUCCGCUGGUGAGCAGCUAUGAGGUUGUGUGGAGGCCCAGCGGGCAAUUGCAGUGGACGCAUAGUUUGAACGUCGGUAUGGUCGGGAACGUGACGUUGGCGCUGAACAAGGAUAACGUGCAGAUUGGAGUACGUGCUGUUGGUGCAAACGGGUGGAAGAGCCCCGCAGUGUUCCCUCUGCCUGUCAACCGGUGAGGUAUGGGUGAGGGUGUCCAAGGACGAUGAAAGGGUGAAGUGGGUUUUAGGUUGGCAGGAAGUAGCGUUGUCUACCAAACUGAUUGGGACAGGACGGGUGCGGACACGAUCUUAUCAUUCAUGACGUGAGGCCAAAGGCGCAGGUCAGUAAAGCCCGAAUCUGAGCCCCAAUCCCAGUGCC